AUUUCUGCUUUUUUUGAGUUGGCACUGAUGUGUUCUGCAGUUAGAAGCAUCAACUAAUCAGGAACUUAAUCAUCAAGCCCCGCUGUUUAAUCUUCAUUCUAAGAUCCUAUGUCGUGUUCUUCACGUUCAGUUAAUGGCAGAACAAGAGACAGAUGAGGUUUACGCUCAGAUCACUUUGCAGCCUGAAGCAGAUCAAAGUGAACCUACAAGCCCUGAUCCCUGCCCAACUGAGGCUCCAAAGAGGACAGUUCAUUCCUUUUGUAAGAUUUUAACGGCAUCAGACACAAGCACUCAUGGAGGGUUCUCUGUUCUGCGAAAGCAUGCCACCGACUGCCUGCCACCAUUGGAUAUGAGUCAAGCAACCCCAACUCAGGAGUUGGUGGCCAAAGAUCUUCAUGGGUAUGAGUGGCGGUUCAAGCAUAUAUUUAGGGGGCAACCACGGAGACAUUUACUUACAACAGGGUGGAGCACCUUUGUUACUUCCAAGAGAUUGGUUGCAGGAGAUGCUUUUGUUUUUCUCAGAGGUGAUAAUGGAGAACUAAGGGUUGGGGUUCGGCGGCUUGCUCGUCAACAAAGUACAAUGCCUUCGUCUGUGAUAUCGAGCCAGAGCAUGCAUUUAGGAGUGCUUGCUACUGCUGCUCAUGCUGUUACAACUCAUACCCUCUUUGUUGUAUACUACAAGCCAAGGACAAGCCAAUUCAUAAUUGGGGUUAACAAGUAUCUGGAGGCUAUUAAAAAUGGUUUCUCUGUUGGCAUGCGUUUCAAGAUGAGAUUUGAGGGAGAAGAAUCACCUGAGAGAAGGUUCACCGGUACCAUAGUCGGGGUUGGAGAUAUUUCCCCACAUUGGUCAGAAUCUAAAUGGCGGUCCUUGAAGAUUCAAUGGGAUGAACCUGCAACAAUACAGAGGCCAGAGAGAGUUUCUCCAUGGGAAAUAGAACCAUUUGUGCCUUCUGCUUCGAUAAAUCUUGUACAACCAGCUGUAAAGAGCAAAAGACCACGACCGGUUGAUAUUCCAGCUUCUGAAAUUACUACAAAUUCAGCUGGUUCAGCCUUCUGGUGUCGUGGGUCAACCCAAUCUCAUGAACUGACCCAAGUAGGAAGCACGGUGGAAGUCCAAAGCAGUGAAAGUCAAGUUAUGUGGCCAAUUAGGCAGAAAGAAAUUGAUAACUGUCUUGCCAAUAGCAGUGGAGGCUAUAACUCAAGGACUCGGCCUGAAAAUGUCUGGGCACCUUCUCCUCAUGUGAAUGUCUCUCUAAACCUUUUUCGCGACUCAAUGGAUGACAACAACAAAACUGGAACACCACGGACUGUUCUUGUUGGUUAUGCCUCUUCUGUUCAAUCAAGGCCAAGCAAUGGCCUGAUGCUUGACCAAGUUGAAAAAGGAAAAAAAUCUGAGACUUCCACAGGUUGCCGGUUGUUUGGGUUUAAUUUGACAGAUAGCACUAGUGCAGCUGGUCCCCAAGACAAGGAACAGACAAGCACGACUCUCAAUGUCGAUCAGAAUCCUGAAACCUCAAAGCCUUCAAAGGAGCAGAAGCUAGUUGUGUCAGAGACAUCAACCAAGGAGAUGCAGGGUAAGCAGGGUGCUGCUACUUCCAUGAGAACUCGUACUAAGGUGCACAUGCAAGGUAUUGCAGUUGGUCGUGCUGUUGACUUAACUGUGUUGAAAGGAUAUGAUGAUCUCAUAAAUGAGCUGGAGAAAAUGUUUGAUAUCAAGGGAGAGCUUCAUCCCCGUGGUAAAUGGGCAGUUGUUUUUACUGAUGAUGAGGGUGAUAUGAUGCUUGUGGGCGAUGAUCCAUGGAUGGAAUUUUGUAAGAUGGUGAGAAAGAUCUUCAUAUAUUCAAGUGAGGAGGUGAAGAAGAUGAGUGCAAGAUGCAAAUUUCCAGCAUCAUCUUUGGACGGUGAAGGGACUGUUGUAAGCUUGGAUUCAGAGCAUAGGUCUGAAACAUGAACGUUUGAGAACUUUUCUUAUUUAUAUAUUUUAAUCUUAUUUUCCUUGGUUUGGAAUGGUGGGAGAAGAAAUGUUGGUAGUUUAGUUUGCUUAGGCUUUUUCUUUUCCUUUGUUUCUUUUGAGAGCUUUGCUCAAGGACAAUACAAGAGUGAAUGAAAAUGCAUUGGGGAAAGCAAACUCUUAAUUUAUGUCUAAAAAGAAUAGGAAGAUUUUUAGGUUUAGAAAUGAAACAUUUCGUUUGUGUAUACCUUACUUUGUUGGGUGGUGUGGUUUCAGUGGAUCAGCCUGUAAAAAAUAUAAA